CAGCUACUAUCUCAUUUUGUUCAUUCAUCGCCUUCUUCAAAACAUUGAAUCACAGCAUGGUUGCCACCUCACAUAUCAAAGAAUCUGCGAUACGUUCACUAAUCACCAUAGGAUCUCGUGGGAAGAGAAAACUUACUUUAGAUGCAAAUGCAUUACGUCUGUUAACAGCACUAGCGAACGCUUUAGCUUCGGAAACGCUACUACGAGCAGCACAACGUGGACAGCAGGACGGACAUUCAGUGGUCGUGGCUGCGGAUUUACUACGAAUUUUACCAAGCGUUCUGUUGGAUUUCGCUGUAUAGAUACCAAAACGCUUCC